AGGGAGGGGUGAUGGUCGUGGAAGGUGGUCUGGGUGCAAUGGAUACUGGAUGGAGCUCCCGAAUGGGUUGCGAACCCCACCAGUCAUCGCGCCGGGCGGCCUCACCUCGCAAACACCUGCACCACGUAUGCAAGUAGCUGCGCCUGCUCAGGGAAUGGUACCGCAUACGGUGGCGCUUCCACAGCUCCCACCUGCGGGAUACUAUCCCCCGCCGCAGUAUGGAUGGCAACCGUCUCCACCACCAAGUUGGAAUUAUAAUCAGCGGCAGCCUAGUGCGAACUCGUUUCCAGGACCUGGACAACGAGCAUGGUUUACGAAGGAACAUCUCGAUCUUAUCGAGAAAUGGAAGACUAGGGACAUGAUCGAAGAAGGCAAGAGGUCAAGCGGUGUAGAAUCCAGCGGUGCAAGCGCGGCGUGCGGCGGGAGCAAGAAGGGGAAGGGGAAGGACACCGAUGACAGCGAGACAAGAAUGAAGGCGUGGAUAGCAAGUACUUUUGGAGGUUCAUUGAAGAAGAUUGCCGAUAAGUUAGAAGAAGCAGACAGGAAGACCAGCACCGCUAUUCAAAAUCGUGGGAAGAAGAGGAUGGAGGAAGUGGAAGAGGAGAAGCAGGAUGGUGGGAGUAGCGAGAAACGGAAGCAGGAUUUUGCGUCACCAGAGCAUCAAGUGAACGUGAAGGAAGACGCGAAGUUGGACGAAAUAAAGAACAUGCUCCAAGCGUUGAUGGGGAAGAACGAAGCACGCGGAUUCAGUCCCACAAAGAACUGUGGUGGGAAUAAAGGAGGAACCUCCGGUAAGAUGAAGAAGGAUUGCGGCGCGUGGGAGCUAGCAAAACAGGACACAGACCAGUUCGCGAGGUUGGUGAACAACACCGAAGAAGAAGAAGAGGAUGAGGUGGAGGAAGGCUCCACAGAAGAGAAAAACGAGGAGGACUGCAACAGCGGCGGCGAAGACAAUGAAGAGGAAGCCGGGGAUGUGUCGGGGAACUAAAGUUCUCGAAACAGAGCGUGUUACGGUUCCUUAGGCGAUUGAGUAAACUGCAUAUUGACCA